AUGAUACAACCCAAGUUAGUUGAUCAUAAAAGGAAGUUGACGCCGAAGGAUAUACAACAAGAUGUCAGCUUAGCUCUUGGAGUAAAUGUAUCAUACUCAGUGGCGUGGAAUGCUAAAGAAAAGGCUUUAGUUUCUUUAAGGGGUACCCCGUCUGGUUCUUAUGGUAAACUUGCGAGCUACUUAUACGUAUUGGACGCUACCUACCCUGGAUCUCAUAUAAGGAUGAAGAAAACCGAUGAAAAUCAAUUUCUUUAUCUUUUUAUUUCGCUCUUCCCGUUCAUAAAAGGUUUUGAGUUUUGUAAACCAAUUGUCGUAGUUGAUGGCAGCCACCUCAGGGGUACUUACAAUGGAGUAUUUGUUUCUGCAAGUACUGUUGAUGGAGCAGGAAAUAUAUUGCCGCUAGCAUAUGGAAUUAUUGAUCCUGAAAAUGAUGCAUCCUGGACUUGGUUUUUUGAACAGUUUAGAGAAGCGCAUGGCGUUAAAUAUAACAUGUGCGUUGUGUCUGAUCGAAACGAAAGUAUUAUAAAGGCAGUUUCGAGGGUAUUUGAUGGAGUUCCUCAUUAUGCCUGUAUUUGGCAUUUGUGGAAAAAUGUCAAAACACUAUUUAAAAGGUCGCACAACCGUCUGUCGGAAGUUUUUUAUGGGAUGGCAAAGGCAUACAAACAAUCUGAAUUUGAUGAACUGAUGGACAAGGUUGAACAAGUUGAUGUUCGUGUAAAAAAUUACUUGGAAUCAGCAGGUUAUGAAAAAUGGGCUUGGGUAUAUGCAAUAGUUGAUCGAGGAAUGGUUAUGACAUCAAACAUAGCUGAGUGCAUAAAUGCUUGUCUAUUUGAAGCAAGGGAAUUACCGGUAUAUGAUUUUCUUGAGGAAGUAAGACAGAUGUUUGCAAGAUGGAAUGUGAAAAAUCAUACGUCUGCUUCGCAUACAUUCACCACACUUUGUGGUAGACCACAAGAGAUGCUUGUUGCUAAUGAAGAAGCAUCAUUACGUAUGAAGGUUGUGCCGUCAAAUAACUAUGUGUUUAGUGUUCAUCACGAAGGUAGAACCAACAUUGUUUGUUUGGAAAAUAAAACGUGUACUUGCAAGAGGUUUCAAAUAGAUGAAAUACCAUGUUCGCAUGCUUGGGCUGUUUUAAAGAAGAAACAUUUUGAUGUUGGGCCUUAUUGUUCCGACGUGUACAAGCCAAGUAACUUGUUGAAUACAUACAGCAUUUCAAUUCGUCCGUUACCUGAUCAAAACGAGUGGAAUGUACCUGGAUAUAUUAAGGACCAGAUAGUGCAGCCUCCAAAUCACAAAAAGCUCCCUGGAAGGCCAUCCAAAAAGUAUCGUGACAAGACGUAUAGCGAGCUAUAUGGUAAGAAGAGAAAGAAUUCUUGCAGUACGUGUGGGUUUAAAGGGCACAAUAGGCGUUCAUGUAGGAAUGGACCGCGUAUUGUAUAG